CGAAUCAGUAGCUGGUGGCCCGCCUGUGAGAAACCACAACACUCGCUUUACUACCGUCUUAUCCACUGCUACCCUUUCAAGGAUGCUUAUAUCACGAGCAUCUGUCCCCGACAUUGAAGUGGAAGACCUGUCGGCCUAUACGAAGGAGGUCGAGCAGAAUGCUGACGGAAAGUCAGUCCUGACUCGGCGCGCGCUCAUAGCCCAGCAACAGGAAUUUAGAGAAUGGAUCAAACAAUAUCCUCCUAUGCAACAACUUCCUGCCAAACUCGAUGCAGAAAUCACGCACACGGGCGCUCUCCUUUCCUUCGGUCUCGGUAUCACUCACGAGCAUCUCCUUGCUUACGCGGCAAAGCGCAACAUCCGGGCUUCGUGGGCACCCGAUGAAGCCAUCACCAGCCCCAUAGUCGCGUGGGGCCGAAUUGCCAGGCUGUUCAGGGAGAGGAUCCCUGGUUUCCUGGUGUACUACCGUCGGCCGUUCUCGGUACACUACGAGGGGCUCCUCGCGCUCUACUCGAACCACUCGAUGCGGGAACUGCAGCGCCGCGGGGAGGCACACGAGAAGAGGAUUAUCGAGUUCCUGCAGAAAGAGAUGGAGCUCGACUCGACGCCAAUGUGGUACUGGGACAUGAGCUACACUUCGUACUACUGAACUGCGUUGACACUUUCACUCUAUCGACGUUUGUUCUUAGUCUUCGUGACCGACUUCAUACAGACUAUAAAAGCUUCUCUCUCGCUCUUUCGUUAUCGCUACCGUGCUUUGUCGCUGCUUUCGCUCGCAGAUUUGUGGCCUCUGUACUGAGGAUCUUUGUAUUGACUGUCGUGAUGGAUUUCAAUGUCAAAUUCACAUAACUGACACCUC